AGUAGAGGAAUGGGUGGACCCCGAGGGCCUGUUGACCAAUCACUCCCCUUGGAAGCAACUUGUUGGGCAAGUUUUGUUAUUCAGACGCUGGUUGUCACUGGCAGGGCAGGACUGACCCACUUGAUUCAGUGAACGGUGUGUGAGUGUGUGUAUGGCGAAUAGAUGCGCUAUACAACUCCGCGAACGAUGAACGCCGGUUCGACGCUCUUUAUUUUAUCAUUAUGCUGUUGCGGGUUAAUUCAGUCCAGAUCGCCGGCGCAGUCCUGUCCCAGCGGACAGUUCUUACUAAAAAAUCAGUGCGUUUUAUGCCAUCCCUCCUGCACGGAGUGUAAGGGUCACGAGCUGUUCGAGUGCACCGCUUGUGGUUUAGAUGAGGAAGGGAAGGAGCGUUUCUUGUAUCAGGGCCACUGCAGGCUUCACUGCCCACGAGAGUUUUAUCCCGACCGAGAGCAGUACACCUGUCUUCCAUGCAUGCCUAACUGUGAGAUCUGUGCUGACGCCAGUGUUUGUGCUAAGUGCAGAGAGGGCUACCAUCUUCAGAGCGGCAUCUGUCUGACAGUCCUGUGUGGAGCUGGUCAGGUUCAGGACCCGGAUACACAAGAAUGUAUAGACUGCGGUGUUGGCUGUAAAACAUGUUCCACAGAUGAUCCAGAGAUUUGCCACAGCUGCACAGACGGCUACUUCCUAUACAGACAGCAGUGUCGUCAGCACUGUCCCCAGAGGACCUACGAGGACCGCGGUAGAGGACUGUGCAUCAGCUGCCCGGAGCAGUGUGUGGACUGCUGGAGCGAUAGCCUGUGUCUCUCUUGCCAGUCUGGAUACUUCCUGAACAACGGCACCUGUGUGAAGGAUUGCCCAGCAGACACAUUUAAAGACUCCAGAGGGUGGCGCUGUCAGCCCUGUCACAGCUCCUGUCUGACCUGCCACGGCCCUGGACUGAGGGACUGUGACCGAUGCAGUGGCUGGAGCCGCCCGGUUUACGGGAAGUGCCCGGUGAUCAGCUGCCCGGAAGGCCAAUAUGUUGAUGGGGAAAGUCGCACUUGCCGUUACUGUGAUAGAUCCUGCUUGACGUGUUACGGUCCCAAGGCUCAGAAUUGCAUCACAUGUGCUACCGGAUACAUGUUGGAGCAGGAGGCUGUGUGUGUAGAGCGCUGUCCUCUGGGCUUCUAUGCGAACAGCUCCAGUCUUCUGUGUGAGAGGUGUUCUGCGAACUGCGAGGCGUGUGAGAGCAGAGACGAGUGUGUGAGCUGUACCACAGACCCUUACCAGCCCUAUCUGUUCCAGGGCAGCUGCUGGUCAGAGUGUCCAGAAGGUUACUUUGAGACUGAGCUGGGGACAUGUGAACCCUGCGAUGAACUCUGUCUGACCUGUGAUGGCACAAGCUCGCAGUGCCUUUCAUGUCGAGAAGGCCUUCAUCUGGCCAAUGGGGCGUGCAGACAAAACUGCGGCCCCAUGAGCUAUGUGGCAGAAGACGGCACAUGCAGACGCUGUGCUCCUCACUGUGACGUGUGCACAGAUUUUUCCACAUGUACAAGGUGCAGUUUUCUCUAUUUGCUCUUAAACGGGGCAUGCAAGGCCAUCUGUCCAAAGGGUUAUUUUGAAGACUUGGAUCAGGGCAUCUGUGUGAGCUGCCACUCCACCUGUGCCACCUGCUCUGGUCCUCUCUCGGAUGAUUGCGAGACAUGUUCUGCCCUCAACCCAAAACUCUACGAGGGCAUGUGCUUGGAAGAGUGCCCAGCGGGAACAUAUUACCAGACCUCUGAUAAGGAAUGCCAAGAGUGUCACCAGACCUGUGCACGCUGUGAGGGUCCAGAACCCACCCAGUGUCUGCAGUGUGAAAAGGGUCUGGUUUUGGAUCCCAACACCAUGAUGUGUGGAGUUACUGGAGAUUCGGACUGCCCACCCAAAACGUUCCUCCAAAACAACCAGUUCACUUGCCAAGCAUGUCAUCAACUCUGCCAGUCCUGCGAAGGCCCAGGCCCCUCUGACUGCCAGACCUGCGCUCUGCCCUACUACUUCCACAAUGGUUCGUGCGUGAGCAAAUGUCCCGUAGGAACUUACGGUGCCCAUGAGGAGGCUGAUGGUGUAGAGCUGGGUUUCUGUAUGCCCUGUGAUCAUGUGUGUGCCACCUGUACCGGGGCGUCUCCCAGAGACUGUCUGAGCUGUGCACCAGGCUACCUUCAUCUGCUCUCUCAUCUCUGCGUCAGCCACUGUCCCACUGGGUACUUCAGCACAGGGGAGGGCUGCGAGAAGUGUGACCGUUCCUGUGAGCAGUGCUCGGGCCCAGGGCCGGACGCCUGCAGGGUGUGCACACCUCCUCUGCUGGACCUGCAGGGCACCAGGCAGUGUGUGGAUCAAUGUCCACAGCGCUUUUAUGAGAGCAAGCACAGCUGCAGACAAUGCCACACCAGCUGCAAAUCCUGCACAGAUAACACUCCUCAGGGCUGUGUGACGUGUGACUGGGGCAGCGUCCUGCAGGAUGGGGUGUGUUACCCUCACUGUGAGGAGAGCCGGUAUUACUCGCAGAGUGGAGUUUGUGAACCCUGUGACGAGUCCUGUAAACAUUGUUCCGGCGCCGGGCCCCAGAGCUGUCUUACCUGUCAUCCAGGUUUCGCCCUUCAUGCCCCUGACAGUCAAUGCUUGCCCUGCUGCCAGUCUGGGGAGAAGAACGAGAAGUGUUGUCUUUGUGAUUCAGGCUCAGCACUGUGUCUUGAGGCGCCUGUACCAAGUAUAAGUCAGGAUGAAGCUAUUCUGAGGUCCCAAGCAGUACAGCAUGCAUCUGUAGCUUUACCUGCCACUCUGCUGCUAGCUGUAGUGCUAGCACUAGUUGUGUUUGCUCUGGUACAGGCGAGGGCCAAAAAAAGAUUAUGCUGGAGACGGAGUUAUGAACGACUGAGCGGGGUAGCUAGAGAACAGCCCAGUCCUCGGCCCAUGCCACAUGGAGUACCAGAACCAGAGGACAGCGGAGACGAGGUGGACGUGGUCUACACCAGUCAAGACGGAUCCGUGUAUCGACGCUACGGUUUCAUUCACGAGCCAGACACGGAAGAGGAGCUGGACGAGGACGACGCGAAUGUGAACACAUAUUUCAGCAGAACCUAAAAUAUGGUAACUAACGAGUCACAGUCUACUAAUUCUUUAAAUGCACACUUCUGUAGUCAGAACUCACUGGAUUGAAAGAUGGAAAAGAUUAAUGAUUAAUCAAUACAUGAUUACAUCUUUAUAUGUGCUUUCCUGAUACAUUUAUUCUUAUAUAUUGUAUAUAUUUCAGAAUUAAGAAUAUUGCUGUCAGUGUCCAUGUGGAUUACUUUUAUGUUAUUGUAAUAUAACCGUUUCCAUAAUGUAAUGUAAUAUUUGAUAAUGUUGUUAAUGACAGUUACUAUAAAGUGGUACCAAACUUUGGGGUAGGGGUUGAUUAAAAGGUGACAGAUAGUUUAUUGUUUUUUUUGUUUUUUUAAUAAAGAAUAUUAAAUCAAUUUCAGAAAAGUAAUUUUCCAUCUCUUUAUUAGAUGUUCCGCUGAACAUUAAGUCUUAAUAAUUCAGUUACAAUAAAGCAUAAUACCACAGACUGUAUAAACCAUCCUUCAUUUCAUCUUACGACCAUUUCUCACAAUUGCUCAUCCACGAAAAGCAACCUCAGCGUGUUAGAUGCCCAGACACAUGAGGCAACAAUCAAGACUGUCAUCCAGCAUUGGGCAACAAACACAAACCAGAAAUCACAAGUGGAAUGAGCACUCCUCAAACUCGUAGAACACUUCUGUAGAGAGAGCAGAACAGUUGAACCACUCGCAACUUUUCCCAAGAUGUUUGGAACAUA